UACAAGCCUCCAGAAGCCUCAGCACCUGUGAGUCCAUUGGGAAGCCCCAGCCAGUCUGAGAGCCAGGCCCAGGAGGAGCAAUCAGCAGUGAGAACUACCAAAAUCCCUUCUGAGGAAGACCACCAUGAGCCUCAGGAAAAGAUCAGCACAGACACAGAUGUGGGAGUCUCCUGUGAUGUCCCAGGGGAAACAGUCCCUGCUGGAGCGGCCUUUAAAAGAGUCCCUGCCCAAGGACUCUGGCCUCAAAGCAGCUCCCAGCACACAUACUCUUUAUGUGGGCCACUUAAACCCCCAGUUCUCUGUGCCCGUGCUUGCUUGCUUGCUGCGAGACACACUAGAGCGGCUGGAGCUGCCAGUGGCCCGUGAGCAAAUCGAGGUAGUGAGGCGGCCACGGAACACUUACGCGCUGGUCCAGGUGGCUGCCCCCAAGGCAGUGCUGGCCUCCCUCCCCUGGCGCCUGCAGAUGGCCUUGGAGGAGCAACUAAUCCUCAAAGAGCUCACAGCCCGCGGCAAGGAGCUGGUGCUGAAUGAGGGCUUGGAGUCGGUACACCACAGGGAGACAAAGCAGAAGCCACAGAGGGACUCAGGCCACAGCCCCGGCCCCAGCCCCGGCUUCAGGCGCUCACCACUGCCCCACGUGGCAGAGCCUCCUCCUAACUGGGGCUCGGCUGGCCGUCGGCAGAUGUCGCAGAUGUCUCAGAACCGACCCAGUGGCGUACGCUCUGACAGUGCCAUUGUGCACCAGAAGAUCCUGGGCCAAGAGCAGCUAUUCCAGGGUGCCUUCCUCGGCAGCGAGACACGCAACAUGGAGUUUAAGAGAGGCGGUGGUGAGUACCUGAGCCUGGCUUUCAAGCACCAUGUGCGGCGCUACGUAUGUGCCUUUCUCAACAGUGAGGGUGGCAGCCUGCUGGUAGGUGUUGAGGACAGUGGCCUGGUGCAGGGCAUCCACUGCAGCCAUCGUGAUGAGGACCGCACACGCCUGCUGGUAGACUCCAUCCUGCAGGGCUUCAAACCCCAGGUCUUUCCUGAUGCCUACACCCUCACCUUCAUCCCUGUCAUAAGCACAACCAUGACCAGCACGCCUCUCAAGGUACUCCGCCUGACGGUGCACACCCCCAAGGCUCAGGGUGAGCCACAGCUGUACGAGACAGACCAGGGAGAGGUAUUUCUAAGGCGUGACGGGAGCAUCCAGGGCCCACUGUCCGUUGGCGCCAUCCAGGACUGGUGCAGGCAGAAGUGGACAAUGGAGCUGGGCAAGCUGGAAGAGAAGGUGAAGGUGUUAACGCUGGAAAAGGAACAGCUUCAGCAGCAGUUGAGACAGCGGCAGCCACUGUCCUGCAGCUGCUGUGUCCUGUGAGGACAUGAAGAUGUGGGCUAAGACUU